UUUUAAUCAGAAUAAAUGACCUGUCUCAAGGCCUUUGAACUUGGGGAAUGUGGAAUGUGUAUCAUGUUUGGUCUAGGAAGUGCGGAGUGCAAUAAAAAAUUUGGAAUGUUAAAAUUAGAUCACUAGCCAAAUUUAAUCAACCACAACCCACAGAUGUUGAUAUACCUAUGCAGGAUAAGGUUAUCAACUCUAAUUAGGCUGUCCUAUGUUCUGUUUUCAUUGGUGGUUUUUUAUUAUAUUUAUGAGGCAUACAAUUAUGACACGAGUACAAAGAUACUGUUAUGGUGGACACCUUUUAUGCCAAAACAUGACAGACUGAUUAAAUGCAAUAAGAAAGAAUAUAAAUGUUUAAUAAGUAGCAAACGAGAAUAUGUUAGUGAUCAUAGAUUGGGUGCAUUUUUAUUCUAUGGAAGUAAAAUCUUAAAUCAUGAUUUUCCAUUACCAAAAAAAGAAAAAGUGCCUUGGGCUGUUUUUCAUGAGGAGUCACCAAAAAAUUAUGCACCGUUUCUGUAUAAGGAGACACAAGACUUGUUCAACAUUACUUCUACGUUUAGCCAAUACAGCGACCGUCCCGUAACCUUGCAGUAUUUAAAAAAUGUCAGCAAUUUAAAAGACAAAAGAUAUUUUGUCCCCCUGAAGAAUAAGAACAAAUUGUUAGAAAAUAGUUCUCCAGUAUUAUAUAUACAAUCCGACUGUGAUACACCUAUAGGAAGAGAUUAUUUGGUUAAGGAACUAUCCAAAUAUAUUCAAAUUGAUAGUUAUGGCAGCUGUUUAAAAAAUAAGGACUUUCCAUCAGGAUUAUCUGAGCUAUAUCCUUUAGAUGUUUACAACGAAAAGUACAUGGAGUUUAUAUCAAAAUACAAAUUCAUAAUUUCAAUUGAAAAUGCAGCAUGUCAAGAUUAUAUAUCUGAAAAAUUUUGGAGGCCGCUAAUAGUGGGCAGCAUACCCAUAUAUUUUGGAGCCACUAACAUUAAAGAAUGGUUUCCCAACGAAUUGUCAGCCAUUUUGGUAGAGGAUUUUAGUGAUAUGCGAUCACUUGCUGAUUUUAUAAAAAAAGUUAAUGCAAAUGAUACACUAUAUUCCAGCUUUUUGGAACAUAAACUUUCACAAAAAAUCAGUAAUGAACGCUUAAAGAAUGAAAUUCUUUCAGAACAUCCUAUACCAGAGUUUGAGUGUUACGUUUGUACUCAAAUACACGAAAACCGAAGUUUUAAAGCAAGAAAUAUGAACAUCUACGAUUGUCCCAAACCAGUUCCUAGAGAUACUGAAAAAAAUACGUGGGAUCAACAUUGGGAUAUAGGCAGGUGUCAGUCUAAGGCACUAAAAAUGCUAGUGGGCAAAAAUGAGCCAUUUAGUGAAGAGGUUUUUGAAGAAACAUGGAAAAAUCUAUAUUACAAUAAGAACUGUUAUCUGUAAAAUAUUUUAGAACUUUUUAUUAUAUAUGAACAGCUUAUUUCAGAAAGAGACUCGAGUCAUGUUAACUAACUUUCGAGAAAUAUGCAAAAAUCUGUCUAGAUUCGGGUCCUUUUGUGUAGUAAACGAAAAGUACGCCAUGCUAUUUCUCUAUUAUAGUAGAGAAAUAAAUUCCAAUAAAGUCAACCAUCUUAGUGAAUGAAUCCAGUCUUAACAAAAAAAGAAUGUGUGUGUACUUUGUGCGCACGUAAGAAGUUAUACUUCUAUUAUAUGAUUUCAAUGAAAUCAAUAUAAAAAUAAAAUAAAAAUUUUAUUUUUAAUAAAUCAAUAUACUUUAAACAGUUUAUUUAAAUAUUAAACUAAUUUUAAUACUUGCUACUUUCCACAAAAAUUUUUAUUAAAAAAAUACCAAAAAUAAAAAAAAAUAAAAGAAUAAAACACACGCAAGCACAUUGAAAAAUGAAACAAAGAAAUGAUUUCUAAACAAUAAUUGUUGACAAAAAUUUCAACUAAAUACGUAUUUUCUGAAAAAAAAUUUAAUAAAUAUACUUACAAUCAUAAAAUGUACCUAUAAAAAAAAUAAAAAAAUUGCAUUGGGGAUUGAACCUGCGUCUAUCAGGUUGUUAGAUUUUGAACUCACCACACGCAGAAUUUAGCUACCGAGACAUAAUAUGAAUGAUGUGGGAAGAUAUAGCAACUAAACGUUUUAAACUUUUUUGACAGUUGCUUAUUCUCUUAGUUUAAUCGUGUUUAAUCAAAUAAGUUUGAUUCUUGUGGAAUUAAAAUACAACAAAAUAUAGACUAAAAAGGCAAUAUAUUAGAUGAAAAUUGGUAGAAAUUUUGUUGGUAAUCAAUUUAUGUAAAUCAAAGCAUUACCUACUAGCCAGGUAGGUACAUUUUCCAAAUAGGUAUGUAAUUUUUUAUUGCAAUACUGAAACAUUUACAAUAAUUACGUACCUGUUGCUUUUAAAAACUAUUUAAAAAGUCACUACAAUUAUAAACUUGCUUUUUGUCUCUGUUCUCACAACAAUAAAAACUAAUAAAGGUACCUACACACAAUUUAAUUACCUAUAACCAUUGACGUAUUAAUAAAAUAACCGACAUAUUGAACAAUUGUUGACAGGUCAUUGUAAUUAUUACCCAAUCAGAGGACGUAUAACGUUUAAGCUGCACCCAGCACCAAGACUUUUGAUGAAUUCGCGCACAUAUAAAUUUACUCCUAACGCGCAUAAAGAAGUAUAACUUCAAAAAUAACAAAAAACUGACUCAGGUCCCUUUCUGAAAUAAGCUGUUCAUAAUAUGCAUACGAGAUUAAUUGAAAAGGUAAUAAGCAAAAAAGGUUUCUUGCUCUUCUAAGAAGCAUGGCAUCGUCUAAGACUGGGCAAAUGUACUAUACGUCUUAUUUCAAGCUGGUUACAUCUAUCUUUUUGCAAACGUCACACUGUCAAUCUGUUUUUAAGUGCCUCCUGGCAUGUUUCUGCCAGGAGGUUCUGCAUAUUCACUCUUGGCAAACAACAGACUGUUUUCUGUAUUUACUUGAGGAUGAUUUGACCCUAAUCUGGUCAAAAUAUGAAAAACUGCAAUUUUUAAUAUUAUUACCAUUUCUUUUUCAACAUAGACUCAUUUUUUGCUCAAAGUACUAGCCACAAUGCUUUUAUAACAUUUUUUUUUUCACCUUCAGAUAAGUAUUUUGUCAUCGUUCGUUAUAAAUUGUCGUCGUCCGAGCCAUUUUUUAUGUUUGGGAACAUGAAGUAGUCACAUUGCGCUAAAUCUGGGAAUAUGGUGGAUGUUUGAUAAAUUCGUAUUCGAAUUGCUCUAAUUUUCGCUAUGCAGCGGUCACUAUGUGAGUCGAUGCGUAGCCUUGAAUAAAGAGAACAGUUUUGCGAGACCUUUUUUCAAGUAAUCAAUAUGUGUAAUACUUUUUACAUGGUAAGAAACAAUCGUCGAAACCUUGAACAAGUCGAUGAAACUCUAAGCUCUUUCGUUAGCAGUGGCGGCUCGUGGCUUUAGGGACAGGGUCGGCAAGGUUUUGUCUCCUCAGAUAGGUAUGCCAUCUAAUUAAAAGGCUUCAAUUUCAUAGAAAAUUUUUGGUUUUUGUUUUUUUUUUAUUUUUUUUUUUGUAAACCUGUUUAUAAAUUAACUCUAGUCUAUGUUGUUUCGAAGUAGCAAAAUGGGUUAUAACGUCAUUGUAAAAUUUAUUAUUGUUUUGGAGAGGUUUUAAAAGUUUUUUUCUAUUGACAUUUGAGACAAGUUUGACAUUAUCUCUUGUUUUAUGGUGUUUCGAUAAUAGGGCUUUUCAUCGAUUGUCAUUUGUUUCGAGCUUCUGUCAUAUGUCACAUAAUAUUAAUAUAUCUACGCCAUACGUCUCUGGUUUGUAUCAUUGUUAUAUACCAAUAACGUAUGACGUAGAUAUAUUAAUAUUAUGUGACACAUGACAGAAGCUCGAAACAAAUGACUGUGAAAGAAAAGCCCUAUACGUUUUGACUUUUUUGAGACAAGAGAAAUCCCGUUCAUUUGAGGCAGAGUUUGCCCAUAUUUGAGCACAAUAAUUUAUUAAAUUCGGGAACAGUUUGUUGUACCUAAUGAAUUGCAGUAUAUAAAAUUAAACAUAUUUUGUAACUUAUCCCACCUUCCGAAAACAUUUAGAUCAGCAUAUAAAACUGUUAAUCCAUUUUCUUAUUUUAUUUGAAUAAAGAAUGAUGGAUAAUUUUUAAUGAACUUGUCUAAUAGAUAUUUUGAAAAUUCCUUGUAAAUAAUAAUUGAGUUAUCCUUCCGCUCAAAAAGGUCCGGAACAUUGUUUAAAUAAUCAAAAUGUCAAAAAAUUAAGAAAAACUUCGAUUUUUUUCUUCGUUUUUUGAUUUUAACUUUCAAAGUAUUCACUUCUGAGAAAAGUUACACUGACAUAAAAGUUGGGUAACUAAAUUUCCUACAAUAUAGGAUUGGUUAAAAAUUUUCAAAAGUGUCAUCCUUGUUGCAAUACAGCAAUAAUUGCGAAAAAAACAUAAAAAAUAAGUAUUCGCAUUUUACGUUUUUCAACCAUUUAUGCUAACACUUACGACCUUCAUAUUUUAACCAGAAAACCUUUAUGAUAUAAUAAAACAAUACUGUAAAUUUCAUUAAGAUCGACAUUUUGCAAUCUAGCUUUUGCAAAAAAAAAUAAAUUUUUUCAAAAUGUUGCAGUACUGACAAUAAAGCAGAUAGCAAGUUGAUUUUUUUACAUAUAGAAGAAAGGUACAGUAUUCUUCUAUACGUAAAAAUAAAUCAACUUGCUGUCUGCUUUAUUUUCAGUUCUGCAACAUUUUGAAAAAAUUAAUUGUUUUGCGAAAGCUGGAUUGCAAAAUCUAUUGAACCGAUCUUAUGAAAUUCACAGUAUUUUUUUAUUAUAAUAUGAUAUAGUUUUUCUGGGUAAAAUUAUGAAGGUCUUAAGUGUAGCAUAAGCGGUUGAAAAACGUAAAAUGCGAAUACUUGUUUUUUAUGAUAUUUUCGCAUUUAUUGCUAUUUUGCAACAAGGGUGACAAUUUUUAAAAUUUUUAGCUAAUCCUUUAUUGUAGAAAAUUUAAUUACGCAACUUUUAUGUCAGUGCAACUUUUCUCGAAAAUGAAUACUUUUAAAGUUAUAAUCAAAAAAUGAAGAAAAAAAUCGAAUGUUUCCUUUAUUUUUUGACAUUUUGAUUAUUUAAACAAUGUUCCGGACCUUUUUGAGUGGGAGGAUAACUCAAAUAUUAUUAUACGAGUUAUUUUCAAGCAAUUUCUGCAAACAAAUAUGAGUCACCUCUCAACGUCCAAAUUAAAUCUCAACGUCCAAGUACGUGUUUUGUUGCCGUUUGCAGAUCACCGCUGUGCUCGGCAGAUUGUUUUUCUGCCAUACUUGUCAUUCAAAUAAAUACGGGGAAUGUAUAAUUGGUUGCCUAUCGGCUAAUAUUCCAUAGCGUCUUAUUACAAGCAAAUGCUCAACUGGGUACGGCUAGCCGAAGCGGGCCAUGAAUUCACACAAUCGCAGUCGGGUGUAUGGCUGGCUAGGAUCCUUAAUUUGAAAAGUCUCUUACGCACAGCGCACAGGGAUCACUUAACGUAUCAGAUCGUUCGAAUUCUUUUAAAAACAAUGAAUAAAAUUUAAUCUGUAUUAUCUCACAGAUAUUUUUUUUAUUUCACAGAAACGAAUAUCAUCAACUCUGAUUAACUUAUAUAUUUCAAAAAAAUCUAUAAUGUGUCCAUAAAUGUGUGGGUCGGCACUGCCGACUCUGCCGACCCUGACUAGCCGCCACUGUUCGUUAGGCCUCCGCUGUUUUUUCUCCAUGUGACUGUUGUAGAACCCUCAGAAAUCCAAUUAUUAGGUCCCGGUGCCGCCCAAAAUCCCGACAGCCAAAAUCCCGACGGCCAAAAUCCCGACACAUAAAAAUCCUGUCAGAUUUUCAAAACUAUAAUACAUAGUAUCCAUCUAAGCUUUCAUUUGACACCUCAUUUGCCAUUCUACCUGGUUUAAUGACGGAGAAGUUAUAUUCGCGGUCGGACGGACAGACAGCAUAUGUUAAAUUUCUCACCUUUAGUACCAUCCUUGCAUUACAAGCUUUCAUUUGACACCUCAAAUGUCAUUCUACCUGGUAUAAUGAUGGAGGAGUUGUGUUUGCGGAAGGACAGACAGACGGACGGACGUUGAUAAUUCAAAGUUUUCACAUUUUUUCAAAAUUAGUGAAAACAAUGGAAAAAUUAUUCGCGAAUUAAUCAGUUUUAAUUUAUUUCCAAGUAUGUAGGUGAUAUUAGUAUAAUUAGCUAAAUAUAAAUAAUAUAAAUAAAUUCCAUGUUUAAAAUAAUACUGUAACGUAACAAAAAUAGAUGAAUACUAUGUAUUAUAGUUUUGAAAAUCUGACAGGAUUUUUAAUUUGUCGGGGUUCUGGCCUGUCGUGAUUUUAGGGUAGACCCAUUAGGACCAUGUGAAAAAUAUAUUUAUCGUGACAAUUCGUCCAUUCCAGCAACUAUUUAUUAUUAAGAAGUUCUUAUUUCUUUUGGAAUUAAAUAAAAAUAAAAAAAGGAUUUGUUAUAA